GUACAGUAACUCUAUGCUUCAUUGACCCCCACCCACUCUCUAUAGGCUGCGGCCCUGGUGGAAGAAGAGACUAGACGCUACCGGCCCACCAAGAAUUACCUCAGCUAUCUGCCCACACCUGACUACAGCGCCUUUGAGACUGAAAUUAUGCGGAAUGAGUUUGAACGCUUGGCAGCCCGGCAACCCAUAGAGCUCCUCAGCAUGAAAAGGUAUGAGCUGCCUGCUCCCUCCUCUGGUCAGAAGAAUGAUAUCACAGCGUGGCAGGAAUGUGUCAAUAACUCAAUGGCUCAGCUAGAGCAUCAGGCUGUUCGGAUUGAGAAUCUGGAGUUAAUGUCCCAGCAUGGCUGCAAUGCUUGGAAAGUGUAUAACGAACACCUGGUUCAUAUGAUUGAACAAGCUCAGAAAGAACUACAGAAAUUGAGGAAAAACAUUCAAGAUCUUAACUGGCAGCGAAAGAACAUGCAACUCACAGCUGGAUCUAAGCUACGAGAGAUGGAGUCAACGUGGGUGUCUCUGGUCAGUAAAAACUAUGAGAUUGAGCGAACGAUUGUGCAACUAGAAAACGAAAUCUUGCAAAUUAAACAGCAGCAUGGGGAAGCCAACAAAGAGAACAUCGAGCAAGACUUCUGAGGUCUGACCCCUGCCAUUCACUGUAGCAUACUUCCAACUGUUUUUAGAGAAGCCGCAUGUCCUUAGGCUUGCUAAUAUCUAUGUAUGUGUAAUGAGGUGAAAAAAACCAUCAUUAAUGCUCAGUUUCUAGUUUUGGAGACUAAGGCAGAGAGAGGUAGAGCAGGUUCACGAAAAAAAAUCCAGCUCUAUAGACUGAAUGCAUGAAGUUUCCAUGGGUGAAUCAGUGGUUCUUGGACAGAACCAUAAUUGUUUUUGUGUAUCUUAAACCUGAAAUAAAUUUUUUUAACAACA